AUGGGGUUUAUAUUUAAAAUAUAAAAGUACUGUAUGCUACAAAAUAUUUAAGUACAGGGUUUUCUAUUGUAAGAUAAAAGAUGGUUACAGAGUUGAGUCAACUUAUUUAUUACAAAAAAAUAGCUAACACAUAUUUAUUUGAAAUAAUUCGUAAAAACGUAUAUGCAAUUUGAGCGAGUCGGUUUGUAAAGUGUAACACCUCCAUGUUUUCAAUUCAAAGAUUAAUUGUCAUAACAGUCACAGACGAAUGUAACUCUCCUGGUGAAUUUACCUACCAACUACGUUCAAGUUGAGAUAGCCUAUAAAUUGUUAGUUUCUUGUCCCACCAAAAUCAUCUAAUCAAGCAAUUCACUAUAUAUCCCUAAAUAUUAAACAAAAAUAUAAGGAAACAACAGGUGCAAUGGAAGGUAAGAUUGAAAUUAUCUUUUCCAUGGUUCUAGUCAUUGCCACUAUUCUUAUGAGGCCGGGGAUAGCCGAGAUCCAAACCGUACCUCAAUUUCCUUUAAUUCCUGGUUCUCCCAUCGAUAUCACAAAGUGUUGGUCAUCACUUACCAGCAUUCAAGGUUGUGUAACCGAAAUCUACAAAUCUGUCGUAACGGGUAAGUUUGAAAACGUUGGACCAGCUUGCUGCAAGGCUUUUACGGAUGUAGAUGCAAAAUGUUGGCCAACAAUGUUUCCUCUGAAUCCAUUGUUCCCUCCUCUUAUCAAGGAUGGUUGUUCACGCAUCAGCGGAGCUACACCAUCACACACAACACUCCAGUUCCCUGUGAUUCCUGGUUCUCCGGUCGACCUCACAAAAUGUUUGUCAUCACUCGUCAGCGUUCAAGGUUGCGUAACUGAAAUCCACAAAUCGCUUCUCACAGGGAAGUUUGAUAAUGUUGGAGCUAUGUGUUGCAAGGCGUUUUUGGUUAUAGAUGCCAAAUGUUGGCCACAAAUGUUUCCGCUAAAUCCGUUCUUCCCUCCUCUUCUCAAAGAUGGAUGUUCUCGUAUUGCAGUCGCUCCCACACACAAAUGAAGUUAACUAUAUGGAACCACAAUUCAAGAUGCUUAUUAUAUAGAUUAUACUUAAUUCGAUUAUUCAAGAGUUCCAUUUAUCAUGGCUGCUCUAGGUUUUAUCUACACUAAUAUUAAAUUUUAAGUUUCUGUCAAAAUCUUACAGCUUUCAUCUAUUUUGAAACCAUUUAUUAUUAAGAGAAUCAUUAUUUCAGUAAGAGAUGUUUUCUGGUUUAAAAGUAGUAGAGCUUUUGAUCCCAACAAAUAUAUAAAUAUAAAUAAUCUGACUCGCAUUGGCUGCUAUCUAUUGCAAUUGAUCAUUUUCUUUUCAACAGCAUAGUUGCCCAAACCCCAAUUUAGAGGUGGCUAAUAGACUUUAAAC